GCAAAAGAGCUUCCAAGGUCAAUGGCAUGCUGAGGGCAGUUUGUUGGUCUUUUUUGGCAUUUCCCGAUCCACUCUUGAUGUCAGCGACGGAUCUGCUGCAGCAACUGAUUCUACGCGUAACGAACAGAAAGUCAGACCACGUUGAUCCAAAGAUUCUACGCGACGUCGAACGGAAGCUUCAAUACCACAAAUUUACUUCCUCGGAUAACUAUCAAUUAGACACCAGAUAUGAAAAUCUCUCCGAAAAGUUCUAUAUCAAGGGGCGCAACGAUCUCGCCAACGCGUUAAGGUCUUCCAAAUCAAGAUUCCUGCAGUCUAACAUUCAGGUUCCCACCAUCAACGAUCCGAAAAGUCUAAAGUAUGACAUACUGGGUCUUUUACUGGCGCUGUCGGGUAACCCGCUCGCCCAUCCACCUCGAUCGCUGCUCGCGCCGGAAGCAAAAGUAUCCGAAGCGCAACUGUGGAAAGACGUGCUCAGAGAGGAACCGCUACAGGGAUCGCACUGGGAACAGUGGAACGACCUCUCCUCGGAUGACGAACCCACUGAUCCCUACAGCGACGACGACUUUACCCUUGACUUUGAACAGCUGGCCGAACAGAAACGCCGACUUCAUUACCUCGAUUCAUCUGCAGUGGAUCCAGUCGACUCAUUUUCCGAGGAAGAAACGGGCAAUAACGACAUACACUUGUCCGAUAUCAGUAACGAUGUCCAUCGAUUAGAGAUUUUGAAAACUCGACAAUACUGGCAAGAAAAUUAUAAACGAACAAAGCGACGACAGCAGUGCGAAGAGGAGGAGGAGGAAGAUAGUGCUGGGGGUCCGCUGAUGCGCAGGGACAGUCUUCAAAACGCCUCUCAAUUAUAUCCGACAUUGAGUCGUUAUCGCUACGCACAACACGACACAGAUCAUGUUACAUUUGUUCACGAAAUGGAUGUGAUUCGGGAGGUCUUGUUUCUGUUGCGUGGUUACGAAGGCGUACUUUUUCAGCGCAAGACCACCGCAUUAGGUGAACAGCAAUUUGAGAUAAACCAGGACUAUGUCCUUCGCCAUUUGAGUCAUUCAGCCCUCCAUGGUAUUCUGCAACAGUUUUGCAAGGAUGGUAUUCUGUUAUCCAAUUUACGAAUGUGGGCCCAACGUAUGGUGAAAGCUUCUACGGUUGUCGCGGGUCAAACUUGUCAAGCAUUUGGUGCAUGUUUGAUGCAAAUCAUUGGUCAAUUUGACUUGGUUUUGGGUCAGCGAGAAAUGAAGUAUAAAGAAGAUGCUGCCCAAAUGAUCUCCAUACUUCAGCUUCGUCAUUCCUUGGAAACCCCUUUACAAAGUCUGCGGAUUUUGCAUGAUAUUAUUGCUCACAGUCCGUUCAUGGACACUUUUACUGGGAAUUCCGCAUCACAGCCUGCAACUCCACAUACGAUCGCCGUGUAUCUGAUUUCUGAACUCUACAGCCGACUUUUAAGUGCGCAAUCGAUGGAAACGAAUGUUGUCUACACAACGUUACUAUCCGUAUUUCAGCAAACGUUCGCUCCCUAUGGUCGGCUGAUGGACGAUUGGACUUUUUACGGUUCACUUCAAGGAGAUAUGGCAGGCGAAUUUCUCGUUGCGCAACGCCGGGAUUUGGAUGAAAACAGCAGCUUAUUUUGGUCCCAAGGAUUUUACAUCAAAGAAGCGCCGGACGCUUUGACAGCCUUGAUUUCGUUUCCGCUCUUUACCGAGCAUCACAGUCGACGUGUUCUUUUUACAGGCAAAGCGGUGUACUUGACGCUGAAACUAGGACUAUCCAACUCUGUUUUACAACAAUACAACACAUUCGAGACUGUGCUUCACAACACGUUGGCCCGUACCGAUGACAUUUCCAUGGAAGAGUAUCACAGCGUGCAACACAACAGCGGGGAUCCAUGGAUGCACCCAUUUAUGCAACACAGUUUCCCCUUGGCUACAACAUCUUCUUCAAUCAAGGAUCGUUCACCAUUGCCGGCGCCUGGCGCGGGUCAACUUUUGGAUCAAGCCAUGCAACAAUGCUUUGAACAUUAUGUAGGCGCGCCAUACGAAGACAUGGCAGUGUAUUUAAAGAACAUUUUGCUUGCGCAAUGCGGGCUCUUGCAGCACUUGCAAUCAUUGUCAUCCAUCUAUCUGCUGUUGCACAACGAUGUGAUGCACACUUUUCUGGAAAAUCUUUUCAUUCAGAUGGACCAGCAACGCUCCUUGCAUGAUCCACGUUUAUUAAAUAAACUUCUCGCUGAAGCAUGCUCUACCGGUCACGAAUCACCUCAGAAUCUGUUGAUUAUAAAGUUGAAAUCUAAAAACCAUACGGAUGCGUCAGAGCCAAUGAAUCCUUCUGUGUGGUUGCAAGAUAUUCACGUUAUGUACGAGCUACCUUGGCCUGUGAAUAAUUUUAUUCGAAGCGAAUACAUCGAAGAAUAUAACCACAUUUUCACGCUUGUAUCAAGACUCAAGCGGGCCAAAUAUGUAUUGGAAACAAAAUGCUUUAUUCGAAUGCAGCAUCAAGCAAGCAGGAACCAAAACUUGAUGGAGCUUUACUCGAUGCGCAUGCGUCUCAUGUGGUUUGUCAAUGCUUUUUGGAGCUAUAUCAUGACGACUGUGCUGCACGCGGAAACGAUUCAAUUUCGGGAUUAUCUAAGCCAGCUUACUGAUGCGGAUGAGAUUACUGCGUUACAUGGUAAUUUUGUUCGAAGGAUAGUCAACCGAUGUCUAUUGAACGAAGAGACCAUAUCGAUCAAACGGGCCAUCAUGAGUGUGAUGGCGCUGGUGGAAGAUCUGGAUGUAUUAUUUGCGUGCUGUACAGGAUCCUCCUCCACCGGUCUGGCUCGGGAAAAGGCGACGACGCAAUUGGACGCACUGAAAGAAGAAUUUGAGCAUACCAUAGCGUUUAUCAACGAUUGCCUUGGACAAUUAAGGCGACAAGUGGAUACACUGGCGGCGUCUCUUUCAGUCUCUUGAUGGUCUUUUUAUCUCCCUUGCUCCCUCUUGUAAUUAUCCUGCCUCCAUACAAACUCGCUGUAGAAGUUCUAUCUCCUUACCCCCGCAGACUGUAUGAGACCUGCGGGCAUCCGCAUGUCUUUCUCCCUCGUUCACAACUGGAUUGUUUACAACCUCUUUUUUCUUACAUUAAUACUAAGCAUCACCACACCCUGAACAAAGGCAUCGUAUAUAAAACGUUACACUUUACUGCCUGCGG